AAAUCUCAUGCCCUCAUCAAAUUUACAUGUGCCUUAUUGGGAUACUCAAUACUUGCCAAAGCAAGUUUCAGCUAUCAAAAUUACAGACCCGGUUUUGAUGUAUCAAUUCCUCUCUUUUCAAAAAACCAUUCUACUCGCGGUAAAACCUUAAUGGAACCUGAAGAUGGACCCGAAUAUCAAUUAGUCGAUGAUGUGGUUAUUGAAACGAUAGAUACAACUCGAUUAGAUAGCAGUGAUCGAAAGAAUCUUUUGGUUUUCAAAGGCAAAAGAUACACUCAUGGAAUAGGAAGUGAAACCCGAAACACUCUUCAUCAUUUACAUAACGAUCGAGAUAUACUCAUCUAUACUACUUGUAAACACGGUAAAAAAUGGAAAGAUUUGAAAGAUGAAAGAUGUGCAAAAGACAAUUUGGAAUACGAAAAAUUUAACUACAGCAUAUUAAUGGCCAAUUCAACAUUCUGUCUUGUUCCAAGAGGUAGAAGGCUUGGUUCAUUCAGAUUUUUGGAAGCUUUGGCAAACGGUUGUAUUCCGGUUUUAUUGUCAAACAAUUGGGUUAAACCUUUUGAAGAUGUCAUCGAUUGGUCAGAAAUUGUAGUUGAAGGAGAUGAGCGAAGUCUUUUACAGCUGCCAGAAAUUAUACUAAGAUCUUAUGAAUGGAAGAAGAUACAGCAAAGCAGCAAAAGUUUGGCUGUUUAUGAAACCUAUUUUUCAAGUGUAGAAAGAAUUGUAUAUACAACAAUAGAUAUACUCAAUGAAAGAAUUCAAACUCAUUUGAGUUUUACAACAUUUUUAUGGAAUCUGGUCAACCCUAGUUUCACUAGCUUCACUGGUGCCAUUUGGUUUGAUGCUGAAUAUAGUUUUGAUCUGAAAGAUUAUCCAGGCUAUGGAAAACUUAGUAAUUCUUACUCACCUUCACGGCCAUCUCCUUUAUUAUCAUCAUCUGCUUCAGGACCAAUUAAUGGUUACACAACUGUUCUUUACAUAAACAAACCAAUACCUGAAAGCAAAUCAAUAAAUGCCAAACUCUUUCCAUAUAAGGAUAUAAAUACUUAUGCUGUUUUAAGUUUGCAGCCUGAUACUACCAUAACUGUUGAAGAGCUGGACUUUGCAUACCUUGUAUGGCUAUCAUUUCCUCAUCGUAUCAUUGGUUUCACUGCUAGAGAUCACUAUUAUGAUGAGGAAAAUAUUGAAAACUUUCUGCACUUUUUUCAUUAUCAAACAUUUACCAUCCCAAAGGCAUUGUAAGGGAAGAGUCGAUUA